CUACAAUUACAGCACGACUCGUUCUCCGAGUUGAAUGUCCCCUCACAGCAGCCCCAGCGGCGUCCGCAUAUCCAUCCGCCUUGUAGUUCGUCGGAGUAGGCUAAGUUAACUAGAGAUGAUCUCCGGCGGCGCUGGCGGUGGCUCCUUCCUCCUCCAAAUCAAGGAAGACGACAAGUUCUGCGCCAGGUUGCUCUCCAAGGAGACCUCCCUCGCCAACUCCUCCUUCCGAGUGUACUACGGCGUGGCGGCCGCCGGAUCCGUGCCUUUCCGGUGGGAAUCCCGGCCAGGGACGCCCAAGCACACCACCUCCGCCGCCGUCCUCCCUCCGCUCACUCCUCCCCCUUGCUACCACUUUUCCAGUCCCAGGAGCAGGAUCAGGUCGGCCAAGAAACCGGCGGGCUCUAAAUCCAGCUUCUUGUCCCUCCCCAGGCUCCUCGCUCUCAAGAAGGCCACCGUCGGCGGCGGCCCGGCACCCUCCAUGUCCCCUUCCUCCUCCCUGUCGCAGUCCUCCUCCUCCUCCUUCCUCUCAUCCUCAUCCUCUUACUCGCCGCGCUCCGACCACCACCGACGGCCCUCCGGCGACGACGAGGCGGAGUUCUCCGGCGGAGGGUCCCUCGCCUCGACCCUCUGCUUCGGGAUGCGAAUUUUCCUGGCGAAGAAGAACGCGCUGGCGCAAUCCACCGGCUGAUCAAAUCAUCAUACACCUCAUCAGCGUCGACCUCGCCUGAGCGAUAAAUCUUGUGGCGCAAUCAGUAUCGUAAAGCAUGAACGAAAGGGCUCUUCUCUUGAUAGUUCAACUGUAUUUGUAAGAGAAAAUACUUAAUUACUCUCAAAUCCAACUGCCAACUACUAUAUAUCAAA